AUGCCCUUCGCACGACUCGAACGUAUAUUCCACUGGCUCAGAACGCCCAAAACCAAGACAAAUGCGGCGCAGCUUCCCGAUGAUGUUCGAACAAUCCUUCAGAAGCGCCGUCACCGCCCAGCAAAAACGCAGGGGGUGAGCCCUCUCGCGUCCCUGUAUCGAAUGUACGAAUAUAUCGUUCUCGACUACAAUAUUGGCCUCCGUAGCGAGAUUGAGUGGUUCUACAACCACUCUGACUGGGCCGUUUCGGCGAUACCAGACCCCAAAGAUAGCAAUGCAGAGCGCUACGCUAUUCUCGCUGUUCUCCCUCGGUAUCUAGCCUACGCGUUCAACAACUUGGCGGAAAGGGGCUUGCCAAGAGAUGCACCUUCCAUUAUCACCAACGAAGAACUAGAUGAACUACAGAAACAGCCCAAGGUGUUGGAAAAAUUGCCCUCUUGGCUGGACAGCGUACCGAAGCUCGAUAUCUUACUAGACAUUCCCGACAGCGAAGGCCAGUCUGCAGAUGAGGCUACUCGCAGCGAAUGGUUUUUCGAGAAGAACAUCAAUGUACAUGAACCACAUGUUUUGUUUGUCUGA